GAAGCUAUGAUCGAGUAUAGUGCUCGGGCUUGGUCAGAGACACGUGUUUCAGGAGGAGUGAUAAGCAAGGGAAAAGAGAGCGUUACUGAUAAUGUUUAUAGUCAUUAGCGAAAAGGGGACGGAACAAUCGUCGGUGUUGCGAUCGCAGGCGGCGCGCGGGGCGGCGCGCGUGUCUCUCCGUGCUCUCAGUAGACUGCGUGAGCCGAGUCGCGCCGGUCGCACCCGGCACAUAGUCGCGCGCUCCCGCCACACGCGACUGCAAACUUCGCUCGCGACACACGCCUUCACCACAUGUCCAAUUGUCCACUACUACAAUUUAAAACGACUAUUCCUCAGACACUCGCACGUGACGACGGCACUGUCGCGAUACCACCCCGAACCGGGAAACGUUUAAAAACUCGUAAAACCCGCGGCACGUGCUUCAGAGUCGUAAAAUAAUCGUAAAAAGUAAACACACGUCGACCGGCCUUUAUCGCCGAUGAAACACAUUAUGACGCUCGAGUGACGUUUAAUAGGCAAUAAAAUUAAUAAAGUUAAUAUUCACUCAUCUAUUCGGAGUGACGGCGGAGGUCGCGUUAUCACGGCGCGUGGGGCCGCGAUGACAUAAGUGUUUUCUAACUCAGUGACGUUAGUGUCGGUGACCAAUCAGAAUGAACUCCUAUUUCGAGCAGGGUGGUUUCUACGGGGCCCAUGGAGUGCAUCAGGGCGGCGGUGGCGGCGACCAGUACCGCGGUUUUCCCCUGGGGUUGACGUACGCCCAACCCCAUGCCUUGCACCAGCCGAGGCCCCAGGACUCCCCAUACGACGCCUCAGUAGCUGCCGCUUGCAAACUUUACGCGGGAGAGCAGCAAUACGCAAAGGCAGAUUGUUCCAAAGCGGGCGGUGAGCAACAAAAUGGCUAUGGAGGAAAGGAGGCAUGGGGUUCAGGCCUCGGAGCACUCGUGAGGCCCGCAGCGUGCACGCCAGAAGCGCGGUACAGUGAAUCAUCAAGUCCAGGUAGAGCCCUUCCCUGGGGAAACCAAUGCGCGUUACCCGGAGCCGCAGCCUCAGCCCAACCGGUCCAACAUCAGCCCACCAAUCACACAUUUUAUCCUUGGAUGGCCAUUGCAGGAGCGAAUGGCUUGAGAAGACGAGGGAGACAAACCUACACUAGAUAUCAAACGCUAGAGUUAGAGAAAGAGUUUCACACGAAUCAUUACCUCACGCGGAGGAGACGCAUCGAAAUGGCCCAUGCACUCUGUCUCACGGAGCGACAAAUAAAAAUUUGGUUCCAAAACCGAAGGAUGAAAUUAAAGAAGGAAAUUCAAGCAAUAAAGGAAUUAAACGAACAGGAGAAACAGGCGCAAGCGCAGAAAGCAGCAGCAGCGGCGGCGGCAGCCGCGGCCGCUGCGCAGGGGCACCCCGAGCACUAAAAUUGCGCGCGCGCUACCUACCAGUGAUACGAUCGCAGUCCGCCGAACAGUCUUUAGCUUGUGUUUGUAAAUUGUUUGUAAUUAUUUUCGUUAUUUAAGUGUUGUUCGGUUGUUGUGAUUAUUUUUUUAAUUAAUUAUAUUGAAUUAGACUCAUGUUUUUCUAAUAUCGAAGGAACAAUAAACUGUUUAAUGUUAGAAUAGAAACGGGUCGUAUUAUUUUGUGUUUCGGGUUUUGUUUUUGUUGAUUUAUUGAAUUUUACAUAUUUUAAUUCGCGCUUUCGUGGUAAAUGUUCGCGUUUGGAAACCAGUGCAAUUUUUAGAAAUCUCUUCCGUGUAACAUAGUGUAGGUCUAUUGUAGUUGGUUUUUCAUGAUGUGCUACCGUAGCGCCUCGACUUGGCAGCGUCGGCGAUGAACUUUGUUACAUUGUACAAAUUUAAUAUGCCUACCAAAGAGACCCGGUCUCGUACCCUUAACGCUAAGUAAACAGUCAUAAGUUAAAUCGUCUAUCUGCAAUAUCACAUCGGACUCGUAUAAAACCUUAUAACCGCGCCAUCUAAUCCUUCAAUACUCUCGCAUAAGUAUAGUGUAAACGUGGUCGUGUUCCUGCAGUUUUAAUAGUCGGUGAAGUUUAACAAAUUGCCAUAAUUAUAAGUAGGUAUUAUUUUAGCGAUUAGCCGUGUAAAUAGUUAGGGUUAUGACGAUGAUAAUGGAAGUGAGCGGUUCGCGAUUGCGCCGGCGCCGUGGAAUGAGCAGAAAAAGUUACAAGGGAGUGCGGACGAAUGCUUGCCGAGUGCGGGACGAGUCGGAGGGGAGCGGGCGCCGCCGGCCACCGGACAGGACUAGGUGGUCGUCGCGUGUAAUGCGUUGUCGCUUGGUAGGUGGCGGUAGAUGUUAGGGCUCAACGCGAGUGAAUGUCAGCGCGCUCCGUGAUAUGUCAUAGCAUUCCAGAUCUCCCAUUUUGUAUGCAAUAAAAUGUGCUCUGUAUGGAUUGUCGUAUUGCCGCUUGAUUUACUCCACUCGCCCGACUCGGUUUGACGUCGAGAGAUCAAGAUAUCAAACUCGACUGUCGAAUAAAUUUUUGUGCCAGCCCACACGAACGCUUAGGCAAUCGACUGCCGAAGAUUUAUCGUCAAAAUUUCCCGUUAGUAACGCUUACCGAGCACACUCCGCGCAUCACUAUUUCACAAAUAAAAGAACCAGUCGCGAUACCAUCGUCGACUAUAAAUUAUAUGAAGCUCGUAUGAAAAAUACACGUUUCGAUGUCCGCUUAUUUAUCGCUUAGCUUGAGUUAUGUAUGCAUACGUUAUGUUAAUCUCGACUUGUUAUUAAAUAGACGUUUCUAUUAAUAUUAAUUAGCUUUUGUCAAUAUUUUAGGGAAGUCGUCUAAUAAUGUGAACGUUAGGUCGACUGUUAUAAAUAGAGACGUCGGUGUGCAGACGUGUAUCGAGGGAAUGGAAAGGCGAAAUUGUCGAUAUCGACUGGCUGAUCCACUAUCGGUACCAUCGGGACGGUGGCUGUUCCACACUAGGAAUAGGUUGAGUUCCCGCGUUGUUCUGCCUCGUGAUAUAUUGUUCCGCAUCUCCCUGUAUAAAUCUUGAACGCCUGCUGAGGUACACGGGACACGCCGCCGCGCCGCAGCCUCGAGCUUCAAAUGGAAUUGUGUUUUUAUUUAACGUGCGAAUUGUGCCCCACUAUCGCUCACUCGGAAUCGCAGUUUAUCUGCCAAAACGCGCAGUUAGAUCGAUGCAAAUUUAGCUCUUAAGUUAUUCUAUGCCUAUAUUUGAAUAAGAUGCUGUUCUCGAAUCUCACCUAUCGAAUUAAUUUUACAACUUUCUUGAAGUACAAUUUGGAAUUAAAAAAAGCUCUGCUUGUAAUUUUGCGUCCAGGACAGAAUUUUAUUUAAGAUUUAUUAAAAUUAGUGUAAGGAAAAAAAAA